CUUUCAACACCGAGCGUCUGCGAUACAACCGCGGCACAACCAUUUCUCACCUGUUUUGGUCUGUUAAAACAGGUACGCUGGAAUAUUCAGAGACCCUCUCCGACAUGUCCUAUGUCUUCAUCAGUGAUACCUCACAGACUAACGUGCCAUUACUCCAGGCGUGCAUUGAUGGGGACCUGCCAUUUGCCAGGCGCCUUCUUGAGACAGGCUGUGACCCUAAUAUCCGGGACAGCCGGGGUCGCACUGGCCUCCACCUAGCAGCAGCACGAGGCAAUGUGGACAUCUGUUGCUUCUUACACAAGUUUGGGGCAGAUUUGCUAGCCACUGAUUAUCAAGGCAACACCGCUCUGCACCUGUGUGGACAUGUUGAUACCAUUCAGUUUCUUGUUUCCAAUGGUCUCAAGAUAGACAUUUGCAGUAAUCAUAAUGGGUCAACUCCUCUGGUGCUGGCCAAGAGGAGAGGGGUAAAUAAAGAUGCUAUUCGGCUACUGGAGGGCCUGGAAGAGCAGGAGGUGAAGGGUUUUAACAGAGGCUCCCAUUCCAAACUAGAAACCAUGCAAAUGGCAGAGAAUGAGAGUGCAAUGGAGAGCCAUUCACUAUUGAACCCCAACCUGCAGAACAGUGAGAGUGUGCUGUCCAGCUUCCGCACCACCUGGCAGGAGUUUGUGGAGGAUCUGGGUUUCUGGAGGGUUCUGCUUCUUUUAGUGGUCAUUGCCUUGCUCUCUCUUGGUAUUGCUUACUAUGUGAGUGGGGUACUACCCUUCUCUGCUAGCCAGCUGGAGCUGGUCCAUUAAGAGCCCUGUUAACAUUUGGUUUUUUAUCUAAUCUUGGAUCAGUUGUGUUUAAAAUGAUUAAUAAUUUCCUUGUUUUAUUGUCAUUAAUUUAUUAUAAAUUCCUUUGGAGUAAUUGUUGAGAUUAACAGUACAUUGAACUAAAAUGAUCUGACAGAGACUACUGUUUUUCUAAAAGUUUUAAAAGAAUGUUGCAAGAUAAA